UUCAUACGGCUAGGGUGUAAGGUGCCCACUGGCACGCUUCCUACACACUUUGCAUCUUUGAUGCUGGCCAUUCAUUGAGAUGCUUUCCGUGCAUGGCCUGUGACGUCGCUUGUGUAUGGGUCAACCGCGUUUCCUUGCGCUCGAGCGCCUGGGAGUUGACGGUUGCGCCUGCGCGCGGCUCAGCGAGGACAAUCCCGGCUGGAAAAAUGAGUUCCAGGAAAGUCCUUGCCAUUCAAGCUCGAAAGAGGAGGCCGAAAGGAAAGAAAGAAAAGGCUCAUAAAAAGCCAGAGGCUCACCACAAAGCUGCAGCAGCUGCUGCUCCUCCUCCACCACCGCCUCUACCAGAGCCUGUUCCUCCAGAGCAAGAGGAGGAAAUCCUGGGAUCUGAUGAUGAAGAGCAGGAAGACCCUGCUGAUUAUUGUAAAGGUGGCUAUCAUGCUGUGAAAAUUGGUGAUUUAUUCAAUGCACGAUACCAUGUAAUUAGAAAGCUGGGAUGGGGACAUUUCUCUACAGUGUGGCUGUGUUGGGACAUUCACGGAAAAAGAUUUGUUGCCAUGAAAGUGGUAAAGAGUGCUCAGCACUACACAGAAACGGCUCUGGAUGAAAUUAAGUUACUUAAGUGUGUACGAGAAAGUGAUCCCAAUGAUCCAAAUAAAGAUAUGGUGGUACAAUUAAUUGAUGAUUUCAAACUUUCAGGCAUGAAUGGAAUACAUGUCUGCAUGGUAUUUGAAGUGCUGGGUCAUCACCUUUUGAAAUGGAUCAUCAAAUCCAAUUACCAGGGCCUUCCUAUUCUUUGUGUGAAAAGUAUUAUUCAGCAGGUCCUGCAGGGUUUGGAUUAUCUACACAGUAAAUGCAAGAUUAUCCAUACAGAUAUAAAACCAGAAAAUAUAUUAAUGUGUGUAGAUGAAUCUUAUAUUCGUCGCAUGGCUGUGGAAGCAACAGAAUGGCAAAAGGCAGGUGCUCCACCACCCUCCGGCUCAGCAGGGAUAAAGGUUCCGAAUGUCUACCCUAUUUCUGCCAGCAGUCUGUCAACUUCCAGCAUUCCAGAGAAAACGGUCCAGACUGUCCAAUUUCACCUUGUAGCAAAUACCCUUCAAUCCAGGCAGCAUUCUGUGAGUACCGCCCCACAGCAGAAACCGGGAGGAAAGAUAUCUAAAAACAAAAAGAAGAAGCUGAAAAAAAAGCAAAAGAGGCAGGCAGAGCUUCUAGAGAAACGUAUGCAAGAGAUAGAAGAGCUGGAGAGAGAGGCAGAGAAGAAGAAGAUAGAAAACAUUUUAACAACUUGUUCACCAAAUGACCAGGAAGGCGAGAAGGUAGUUGAGCUGAAGGAAGCGGUGAUAGAUCCUGAAGUAGACGUGCAGCAACAUAAUGAAUGCAAUGAAGUUGAUGACCAGGACGAAAAAGAAGAUACAGAAAAAGAAAAUGUGGGAAAAGAUGAUGUAGAAAACGUGGUCACUAGGACAGAGCCGAAAUGUGAUGAAUCACUGAAAACAAAUGGGCACAUUGAAAAUGGUCCAUUUUUACUUGACCAGUUUUGUGAUGAGGAAGAAGAUGAUGAUGAUGAGGAGGAGGAGGAUGAGGAUGAAUGUCCCAACGCAGAAGGUAAUCCAGUUGAUGGACCAAAUGCUGCAAAUUUGAUUUACAAUAAUCCUUAUGGACAGUUUAACGGAGAUUUACCAAAUGGACAGAAUAAGAGUCCGGAGUCACAAUUCUCGGAAAUGUCUGAAUCUGAAUUUUCCAAGCUUUUAGAAUCUGCAGCUGGAUCAGAUGGGUCGACAGUGACUGAGCAUGAAGACAGUAGUCCAUCACAAGACAGAAGUAGAACUGUAUCUGCAUCCAGUACGGGAGACGUGCCAAAAUUAAAAAUCCGUGCAGCAGAUUUAUUGGUGAAUCCACUUGAUCCGAGAAAUGCAGAGAAAAUUAGAGUUAAAAUAGCAGACCUGGGAAAUGCUUGCUGGGUUCACAAGCAUUUCACAGAAGAUAUCCAGACGAGACAGUAUCGAUCAAUAGAAGUUCUAAUUGGUGCUGGGUACAGUACGCCUGCUGAUGUGUGGAGUACAGCUUGUAUGGCCUUUGAACUUGCAACCGGAGAUUACUUAUUUGAACCUCAUUCUGGUGAAGACUACUCCAGGGAUGAAGACCACAUAGCACACAUCAUAGAGCUGCUAGGCAAUAUCCCAAGACACUUUGCUCUUUCUGGGAAAUAUUCUCGGGAAUUCUUCAAUCGCAGAGAUCACAUAGCUUUGAUCAUUGAACUGCUGGGGAAAAUCCCUCGAAAGUUCGCAAUGUCUGGAAAAUAUUCCAAGGAGUUUUUCACCAAAAAAGGAGAACUACGACACAUUACAAAACUUAAACCCUGGAGCCUGUUUGACGUACUUAUUGAGAAAUAUGGAUGGCCUCAUGAAGAAGCUGUGCAGUUCACUGACUUCUUGCUGCCCAUGUUAGAAAUGGUUCCUGAGAAACGAGCUUCUGCAGCGGAAUGCCUCAGACACCCCUGGCUUAGCUCUUAGCAGCAUUCACCAAUUUUCUUCAUAGAGCUGACGAUGUUUAUCACGGACCCAGCAAAGUGGCAAACUCUCAAACAUCAGGGGUAUAAAUCCAAGCCUCCAAGAAUAGGCUAUUUUUCACUCGAGUAUGGUUAAUGUUUGAACUUUUGCUUUUCUGCACUGUGUCUUUGGGAAAAGUAGUUUUUGUCUUUAGCAAGAGGUAGCUGACUCUGCUAAAAACACCUAACAUGUUUUGAUGCUUUGUUUCUAGUAUCGCCUGACCAUCUCAUGUUAAAUUUCCUAUCUGAAGGUGAUAAGAAUCUUUUUCAUGCGUUUGGAUAUUUUUUGUACUUAUUUAUGAAAAUUGUUUUAGCUGAUGAGUAUUAAUAUUGAAAGAUAACUGAGAUGCUACUACUAUGUAAGGUAAGGAAGUAGCCGAGAUAUUGCAGAGCUGUACAAUUGUAGCCAAUAGGAAAGAAGCAUUAUUCUUGUAAAAUCUGUAGAUUUUCUUGUAAAAUAGCUUUCCAUAUAACACAGAAAUGGGACAACCUAUAAUAUUUUCAUGAAUGCCAUGUGCUACGAGAAUGCAUGUUUUGAAGCUUAUUUACGUACAAAUGAGGCUGUAUAAAUUUUACAUUUGUUGGCUCAGUUAAAUAUUGUGUUGCUGGAUAUUACGUGUUCAUUAAUGCCUUGUAAGUCAUUUUGCAGUCCAACCAGACUUUCAAAAAGUCCGAUUUUAGUCCUUCAAAGGAGACUCAGCUGCAAACCUGCAUUGUAAUCACUGCAAUUGUCCCCUAAUUGUCUAUCGUUAUUUAAGAAUUCCAUAAGAACGUGUCCUUCAAAGUUUUAAAUUAUUAUUUUUUUUACUGUGCUUCAGCAUUGUCAGGUAUAUUGUCCAAGCAAAAGGUUUGUGAUCUCCUGUACUAAAGCUGCAAAAGGAACAAAAAGGAAAACAUUUUUCCAUGUGCAGAUUUAAUAUUUUGUCACAAAAAAAUUAUAUGUUAAAAUGUUUUGCUGUCAGUACAGAAAUGAUACUAAUUGAUGUGAAAAUAAAAGUGAACGUGUCAAAA